AAUCGAUAUAACGAUGAAUUUCUGACAUCCCUACUGUACAUGAACUAGAAAAAUUUAACCCAAGCCAACUCGGAACAUCAUAAUUUGUUGAUUUUGCGCGUACUAGUGAAAUCAAAACAAUCAGCAAAUGUAAUCAUGGUAGGCCGAAACGCUAAAGCCCUGUCGCAUUUUCACCGCCUUACCGAAUAUAUUGUGCAAUGCAAGCACUGCGAUAAAACUCUCUCGUCUAAACACACAUCCUCCAACUUGACGCGCCACCUAAUCAGGAAUCACAAAUUAUUGGCGCGAGCAAUAUUUGCCGGCGAUGAGGGCAAAAUGCUAGCAGAACUAAGAGAAGAGCUAAACGCACCAGAUCCAGAGCCUGACGUACACAUGGAUGCCAAUUUGGGUGAGCGGGAAACCAAAACUGCGGUACGCACCAUCAUUGAUAACCAGAACCAGGCGCGCCAGGAGCAACAUCAACAAACCGAACGCAACAAAGUCAUUGGCAAAAACAAUAAGCUGUGGGCGCACUUUGUGCGCAUAUCUGAGUUUAUGGCCAAAUGCAAGCACUGCAGCAAAACGCUCUCCUCGAAACAUUCAUCGUCUAAUCUGAUGCGUCACAUUAUCCGAAGGCAUCACAAUUUGUCUAAAAACCUGAGCUACUCGCAACACAGCCUGAUAUCGCCAAAGAAGGAGCUAAUGCAACCGGAGGAUCGCAGGCAGGGCGAUCCAUUGGAAAAGGUCGACUUUGACGAUGUGGAUAGCAUUAUUGAGAAGGUCACGGAUCACAUGGACGAUGAGUUUACAUCGGUCUCACUUCAGGAACCCUUCUACGAAUACGUGGUGGACAACUCGGACGUCAUGGUAUCCCGCCACUGUGAGGAUGAUCCAUCGAAUAUGGCUCAUUCCAUGGAGCAUCCGGGCGAUUCGAACUCAAUGGGCGAAGCUACCACACAACUGGACGAAAAGCUGAAAGCGGAAACAAUAUAUUACAAUGAAAUGGCCGAAUUGGCAAGAGCUAAGCGGCGAUUAAUUGAUCUGCAAACGAAGAAGCUUUUACUGGACAUGAACGUUGUUGAAAGCAACUGAAUUAGAGAGUUUGACGGGGCCCUUUGCACACAAUUAAUUUGUUAUUUA